GAUGAAAGCGUCACAAUCCAUAUGGAUUGUUUAGAUCUUUGCCGUCGAGAGUUUGGGAUUUGUAAACGAGACCUUAAGGACGGCCUUUCCAAAGGAGGUUUUAAUCGCAUUUGGCUUGCAGCAGCCUGGAGAUAUGCUUGGAGAGAGAUGCAACCUCUUGAGAUGCCUAGUUAUAGUGCUCUUGCAGACCUUCCUCCACACCUAAUAAGCAAAAUAUGUGGGUUUCAAAAGAGCUUUCCACCCGAAAUCACCACCAUGAUUCAGAGCUAUUUUCCAUCCAGCUUUUUCUGGAGAUCUUGUUCCACACUUCAGCUUAUAGAGGAAAUGGAUUCGGCAGAGUUACACGAAGUGGUCACCUGCUCGCUUUCCAACGUGCUGUGUUGGUCUCGCGGCAGCGUUCCCAAAUUUGUGGAAAGCGGACAAACUGCUGACCCUUAUGUCCGUUUAAUAAUGGAUUCUCGAGGCAUCAAAUCGAUAGAACGAAUAUCUGAAGAUUCGGCAAAUAACGCAUUCCGUAUCUUCAAGUAUUCUGACGUAUUCCUGAUAGAACACGCAGAGACAAUAAAAACAAUCAUGGUGGAAUUUCUGCUUGGCAUGAGUCGCUUACAUAUUCCUGCGCCACCAGAGAUCAGCAUCUGGAGCGUGCCGAUGCCCAUAGAAAACUUUCUUGGUCUUCAGAGUAUUCAGCGCGAGGUACAAUUACCUAUAUCUCCUUCAUCUCGACGUUUCGUCGCUAUCAAUUUAGAUCCAAGGCAUUGCACUGGGCUUUCUUUCUUUACAAACAUGAGAGAGAUAGUGUAUAUACAUGGACACCGCAAAAAUGGCUUACCUGCUCUCGAGACUUAUCGCAAUUUGAACGCUUUUUACGAAGGGAACCUAAUUUGGACCUAUAUACCGUUAACGGCAGAAGACAAGAUUAACGCAAUCUCUGUUAAGCGGUAUAUUAAGAUAGAGUCGGCAUGUACUAUUACGUUGAUGAUGAAAUCUGGUCAACCCAUAAUCGGUACUCUACCAAGUAAUAAUCAAAGCUUCCAGCCCGAUGAAGCACUAUAUACAAUGGAGAAACAACAUCCAUUGCUUAUACAUAACAUUAUAAGCGGAAAUCCUAUUUCAUAUAUUGGGCUUAACACCAAGCCUGAGAUCAUAAGUCAUGACUCUAUCACAACAGAAAAGACGCCCCUCGCUUGUGCCUGCUUUUCUUCAGCGUCGUUAGAAAAUGUUCUAACAGUUUUUGUCUUUACUGAUGAUUCAACUAAGCUAUGCAAAGGCAUAAUGAUCGAGUAUAGCAAUGGUUUGAAGAGAGCCCUGGGACAAUGCCGCCUGGGUUUGGAUUCAGUUCAAAAGUAUAAUCGGCCAUUAAAAUUCUCAUACGCCACUACGAAAUAUAGUUGGAAAAGGCACAAAAGCGUGUAUGUUAGUUUUGAUUUGGAAAACGACCUCCAUCUUCGAGAUAAAAAGUUAUCGUGGAAGCAUUAUGAAAUGAGAGGCCAACUUUCCUUUUGGUUUAGAGCAAACGACAUUGUUUUACGAGUUUCGCAAGAUUAG